AUGAUCAAAGAAGAGAAGAAGCUCAACCUUGAAGAAAUAUUGAUGAAGUUCAUGACCACGACUCAAGCUCACAUGACAAGAACGGAUGAGAAGUUAGAGGCUCAAGCCAAGCAAUUGAAAAUGCUUGAGAUACAAGUGGGACAAAUUGCCGAGUCUAUAAACAAUCAACACCAACAAGGGCAAUUCCCAAGCAACACAAUCGUGAAUCCCAAGGAGCAUUGCAAGGCCAUUGCUCUAAGGAGUGGGACAACAUAUGAAGAGCCCAAGAUGCCCGACGAAGAAGAUAGAAGUGGUGUUGUGGUUGAAGUUGGAGAUGGCAACCCUUCCAAGGAACAAGGAGAUAGAGGAAAGAAGAAGGAGGUGCACAUCAACAUUCCACUUAUUGAAGCUUUGAAACAAAUGCCCUCCUAUGCAAAGUUCCUAAAGGAGGUCAUAUCAAACAAGAGGAAGAUGGGAGAGAAUGAGACGGUCAAUCUAACCGAAGAAUGUAGUGCCGUUCUCCAAAGAAAAAUCCCCACCAAGAUCAAGGACCCCGGGAGCUUCACAAUCCCUUGUGAUAUUGGGAAUGAUCGUUUUGGGAAAGCUUUGUGUGAUUUGGGAGCAAGUAUAAAUUUGAUGCCGCUCUCAAUCUUCAACAAGCUAGAGAUUGGCACCAUCAAGCCAACCACAAUUGCCCUUCAAAUGGCAGAUCGUUCCGUUUCCUAUCCAAAGGGGAUAGUAGAAGAUGUCCUAGUGAAAGUCAACAAUUUCAUUUUCCCGGUGGACUUUGUUGUUUUGGACAUGGUGGAAGACAAAGAUGUGCCUUUGAUUCUGGGGCGCCCUUUCUUGGCAACGGGGAGAGCCCUCAUUGAUGUUGCUAAGGGCGAACUCACCCUUAGAGUGAAUGACGAGAGCUUCACAUUUUCAAUCCACAAGGCUCUCAAGUACAAGGAGGAAGAAGAAAAGAGGGUUGGUGAAUGCAAGAUGAUGCAAGUGAUAGAGUCUUGCAUCAACAUGGAGGAGUACCACAUCUACAACAAUCCAAUGGACACUUGCCUCCUAAACCCUCUAUUCUCUUUUGUUGAUAAUGAUGAGUUUAAUGCUUCUAACUUAUUUAUUGAGGCUAAUGAAAUGAACUUUGUGCAGAAAAUUUCACAAGGAGAGGCAUGUUUCUUGGACUUGAGAAAUGGAGAGCCGAAAGAUGAAGGAGUGGAGAAGAAGACUCCCAGCUUGGAGUUAAAACCUCUCCCCGAACACUUGAAAUACGCCUUCCUUGGUGAGGAUGAGGCGUAUCCGGUAAUUGUAUCAUCCUACCUUUCUCCUCAUGAGCUUGAUCAAUUGCUAAAUGUUUUGAGGAAGUAUAGGUCCGCUAUAGGAUGGUCAAUUUCCGAUUUAAAAGGGAUUAGCCCAUCCAUUUGCAUGCAUAGGAUUUUGAUGGAAGAUGAUUUUAAACCUAGGAGGCAAGGCCAAAGACGGUUAAACCCUAUUAUGCAAGAAGUAGUAAGAAAAGAAGUUCUCAAAUUGCUAGAUGCGGGAAUUAUUUUUGCUAUUUCGGAUAGUGAGUGGGUUAGUCCCACUCAAGUUGUUGCUAAAAAAGGGGGGAUAACCGUCAUAAAAGAUGAGCAUAAUGAGCUAAUUGCAACUAGGUGUGAGGAAACUAACCUUGUAUUGAAUUGA